AUGUCUAAUCGCGGCCACUUGAUGGCUAUCAGUCGACACGGAGUUAACAGAGCAGACCAUGGACCCUUGAUGAAAUGUUCCUUUGAGGAGACGGUGGAGAUGUUGAUGGAAGCGGCAAUGUUUGGACAGGUAACUUGAUAGGAAGAUUAUCUUUCUUUUCCGGUACUAUGAAAUUUUCGAAUAUCUGACUUGAAGUCACUUCGAACUGUGUACUCCUCAUUUUGUAAUUCAUUUCUCUCUCUUUCUUUCCACCACAAAAAUUCGUCCAUUAUCUAAACUUCGCAUCCCCAAUGUCCAUUCACAGGUCGACCACUGCCGCGGUGUUUCUGAGAACUUGAUUCUCGGUCAACUGCCCAACAUCGGAACCAAUGAAUUUGAUAUCCUAGUAGACACCAACUGCUUGCAAGAGGCCAAGCCGACCUAUGAGAAACCACGCCCACCGACAGAGGACGCGGCGGAUGCCUUUAACAAGGAUAUCCAGGAUAGGUUCCACGAUCUGCAGACACCAAUAAACUUCAUGGACGACUACACAGAUGACAGUUACCGAAGAGUCAAAAACGACUCAGAAGCAAAAAGAGAAAGAGAAAAGGCGAUGGUAAAGAACUUGACUACUAUAACUUUUGCUUGCUAAUACAACGAACUUUCCUUUUUUGGACGAACAUUGUGUUGUAUGAGUAGAAAAACGAUUCUUGUUGCAUACUGGGUUAGCAAGAAAACGCGUUUGACUCAGGCGCUCAAAGCGCAGGGCUGAAGCAGGAACCUAUCUAAUCGAAUCUAAUCUAAUCACAACAAUGGACCAAACAACUUCUCAAACCACUCCAGGCUUCCUUCGGUGCCAUGGACGAAGAUGUCGAUAGACGUGGAUCUGGCGGUAUCAACUAUGCUGAGAUCCAUCAGAGACCAGGCGCUAGUGUCGGCAUCAAUCCUGCCCUUUCUCCAGAACCCGAAGGCUUUGAUGACUCACCGUUAUCGCCAUUUGCGGAUUCUGUUAGCGGUGGAUUCCACUUCGGUGGUGGCUUGAGCAGUGCUGCAAGCGAUCCAGGUAUGAGCGGCCACGCUCGCGGAUCUAGUCUCGCAGGCACAGCAGCAAGACGCGCGAAUCUACCUGGUCAGGGGAGUCUGACUGGCGCAAAUCUAGCCGACCACUUGUCGCAAGAUGGGCUUUCUAGUCGAAGUCAGAGCAGAGUAGGCCGCUCGCAGGUAAGAGCGCGCAACCGCGGAUUGAGGGCGGCUGAUGACGAUAUCGCUCUCGGUUCAGGCAACGAAGAUGGUGCGGGAUCCGACAGCGGUCUUUACAGCCCAGUCCCAGGAGUAGGAGACGGCUCUCAGCCCUUGCGCAGUGCCUACGACCGACCCUCGUCGCAACAGCGACGACCGCGACCAAAUGCACCUGGCGAGGGUAGUAGUGCGUACGGCUUUGGGGGUUUUGGCCAAGGAAGGUACACAGCUUCGAACUAUCUACAGCCGGACGAAACAGGCAGUGACGCGGGCUACACGCCAGCGCCAGGACCGGGAACAGAGCGGUCGCAAAGUAGGAGUCGAAGAGACCGAGGAUAGGGUGUGUAGAUAUAUAUGUUCUUUUAAUGAAUAUAUUUGAUACAGAGAUGAAGGUCUACUUCUAGGAGUUUCUAGGAGUAGAUCAUCUAGAUGAAGAUGGAAAUAGCACACAGAUAGAAUUUUUUAAUAUCCUUGUUACAUAUAAUACUUUUUCAGAACGAGAACGCUUUCAAGGUUGGUUCUUUGCGCUCAAGAGUCGACUUUAGUAUCACAAGUUUACACUCUAAAGUCACCUCUUUAAAUGGAUACCAAAACUCGCUCUAUAAGCCAAAACUCGCGUUGUUUCAAAACCUUUCUAACUUUGAUGAAUAACGCAGAAACGAUUUCUUCUAGAUAGGGAAGAUGCUUGAGGGAUGCUCACACGUGCGUAGAGAAGGUAGCGUUUCGAUUUCUUAGUUUGUUUCGUUUGUUGCACGAUGGCCAGUGCAAUUAUGAGUCCUUUAAUGUAUGAUAAGUCGUAGCACAUACAGCAAGAACGAAAUGGGUAAUAUAUCUCGCAUAAAGACGAAGAUGAUUGAACAAGAUGGUAAUUACACAUAUAUCAAUACUAGGGAGUCAUUAGAUAGGUGAAUGAAUCUCCCCAGAAAAUUCUAUUCUCUUUUGAACUUUGACAAGAGGGAUCCUAAAAAACAUCCUCACGACAACAAAAGUCACCAAAUCAUUUUAUCAAAGCAAAAAAUAGAAAAUGAAUCUUGAUAAAUGUAAGAACGUUAUGGGGAAGAUCAUAAGAUGUAGGAGAAUACCCGGUCGUAGGGCCAAAGUUUCCCUGACUGGAGCGCGAUGCAAGUAGCCUUCAUUCGGGAAUUGCAGGAAACAAAUAACUCAGGAGCUUGUAUUCUG